AUGUCGAAGGCGGCUGGCGGCGCGGCGGCGGCGGCGGAAAGUUGUCCGCCGGCUCCAGCCGGCUCGACCGCGCCCGCCGCCGUGGAGGACCUGUCCAAGGUGUCGGACGAGGAGCUGCUGCAGUGGAGCAAGGAGGAGCUGAUCCGCAGCCUGCGGCGCGCCGAGGCGGAGAAGGUGAGCGCGAUGCUGGACCACAGCAACCUCAUCCGCGAGGUGAACCGCCGCCUGCAGCUGCACCUCGGCGAGAUCCGCGGCCUCAAGGACAUCAACCAGAAACUCCAGGAGGACAACCAGGAGCUGAGGGACCUCUGCUGCUUCUUGGAUGAUGACCGGCAGAAAGGGAAGAGGGUGUCCCGGGAGUGGCAGAGACUGGGCCGCUACACGGCCGGGGUGAUGCACAAGGAAGUGGCCUUAUACCUGCAGAAGCUGAAGGAGCUGGAGGUGAAGCAGGAGGAGGUGGUCAAGGAGAACAUGGAGCUCAAGGAGCUCUGUGUGUUGCUGGACGAAGAGAAGGGUGCCGGCUGCGCGGGCAGCCGCUGCUCCAUCGACAGCCAGGCCAGCCUGUGCCAGCUGGCCGCCCCUACCGCACCCUCAGUGCGUGACGUGGGUGACGGCAGCAGCACCUCCAGCGCGGGCAGCACAGACAGCCCCGACCACCACAAGCACCACGCGAGUGGCGGCAGCCCGGAGCACCUGCAGAAACCCCGGGGCGAGGGCAGCCCUGAGCACUCCAAGCACAGAAGCGCCAGCCCUGAGCAUGUGCAGAAACCCAGGCCCCCCGGGACCCCGGAUCACUCCAAAGCACUCAAAGGACCUAGCCCUGAGCACCACAAACCCUUGUGCAAGGGCAGCCCGGAACAGCAAAGGCACCCGCACCCAGGGGGCAGCCCUGAAACGCUGCCCAAGCAUGUGUUGAGUGGGAGCCCAGAACACUUCCAGAAGCACAGACCAGGGGGCAGCCCUGAACACGCCAGGCACAGCGGAGGGAGCCCUGAGCACCUUCAGAAACAUGCCCUCGGCGGGAGCCUGGAACACCUGCCCAGAGUCAGGGGCACCAGCCCCGAGCACCUCAAGCAGCAUUUUGGGGGAAGCCCUGAUCACAAACACGGAGGAGGUGGCGGCGGCGGCGGCGGCAGCAGGGAGGGCACCCUGAGACGGCAGGCACAGGAAGACGCAUCGCCCCAUCACCGGAAUGUCUACAGCGGCAUGAAUGAAUCAACCUUGUCCUAUGUUAGGCAGCUGGAGGCAAGAGUAAGACAGCUGGAGGAAGAGAAUCGCAUGCUGCCCCAGGCCACCCAGAAUAGAAGGCAACCUCCAACUAGAAACAGCUCAAAUAUGGAGAAAGGCUGGGGGCCCAGAGCCCGGCGGGUCUUGCAGUGGUGGCAAGGGUGCCGAGGAAUAGGACGAUGCCUGCCCACUCUGCCGGGUUCUUUUAGGUUGUCAUCAGGGGCUGAUGGGAAUAACAGUUCACCCAACUCUCCUGCUAGCUUCAGUGGACAUACCACACCUUCUCAGCAGCCUGAACCUGUGGUACAUUCUCUUAAGGUCUUGGAUGUUCAGGAAACUAUAGAUCGUCAACAGGGUAAAGAGUAUGAACAUGACCUUAGUGAGACAGAAAAAGCUAUAGUCAGAGAAAUGUGCAAUGUUGUGUGGAGGAAACUUGGAGAUGCUGCAGGUUCCUGUCCUGGAAUUAGGCAACAUUUAUCAGGAAACCAGUACAAAGGACCAAUGUGAAAAGCACUCAAAUGUGACAUCAACACUGCCAGAGAACAAAGAAAAGAAGAAAAAAGACUGAAUUUCCACCAACCUAGACUCAUGCAGUGAUUGUACAUUGCACAUAUCUCUUCUCAAAAUAUUUAGUACAACUUCCCCUAAAAGCUGAUAUUCUGUGUGUUUCAUUUCAGUGUCCACAACAGUCCAUCUCAAAGAAGGUAGCUUUGACAAUUACCAUUUUGGUACCAAUAUUUUCAUUAUGUCUAAAGCAUUUUUAAUUCCCCAGGUUUAAGAGAGUAAGGCAACCUGCAUGGUUAGAAGAAUCUAGUAGAGCCUUAGUGGUCUCGAUAGAGUUGGCUCAUUGCGUAUAGUGAUGGAGUUUUCUCCCAUGUUGUGUUCAAGAAUAAAGAGGUGUUUUUCAACUUCUCAGUUUUGAGAGUUGGGCACCUACCUCUUAUACUUCAAUAGACAAAGUAUUAGUUUAUAAUGCAUAAUUCAUUUGGAUGCAAGAUAUUAUUUGGUUUAAUUUUUUGAGGUGCUAAAACUACAACAAUUCUCUUCCAAUCUAGAAGAGUAGCAAGAUUUUGUAGAGUGCUUAUCAGAGAAUACCAUUUGUUUCAAUUCAUCAAAGUCAAUAUAUCUUUUUUUUUAAACAAAUGCUUAUCAUGGGGACAUAUCAACCUUCAUAGUCACUCAGUAUAUCUUUGAUGUUAAUACUAACAGUCAUCUAAAAAACAAGAAAAAAUUUUUUCUAAGUGUUUUGAGCUGUGGGACGUCGAUUUCUACAAUUUAGUUUCUAGACAUGCUAUAAAUUUAUGAAACUUUAUGUAAACUUUAAAAUAUUGCACUGCAUUUAUGAAAAGCUU